AUGGCACCGAAGUUUGCGGGCAAGCGUGGCGCUGAGCCGCUGGCUACUUCUCCAAAGGCACCAUCGCCCACGCUGGCUCGCAAGGCAGAGCUGACGGCUGAGCUUUGGUUUGAAUUUGUUCCCUUCGGCAAGAACGCGGCUUUGGCUUUGGACGAUUUCUCGGAGACCCGGAAACCUCUCGGG